AUGGAAGAGUCAAAUAAAAAGAGCAUUUUUGAUAUUUUACUCCUGACCGUGGGCCUGUCGGUUGUCUCGCUGAUUGUUCUCUACACGUACAUACACAGUGCAAUAAAGCCCGCAAAGAAAAACUUCGGAAAAGUGGUCCUGGGAAAGAAAGCCAAAAAAAAGGCCAAAAGAAACACUGAUGUGAUGAGCAGCAAAAACUCCUCAGUAAGCAUUGAAAUUAGCACAGCCGAAAUGGACUAG